AUGAACGGCGCCGGCGACCCCGAGCGGGAUCAGGCGCUCGAUGAUUAUAAAAAGAGCUUACUCGAGCUUCGAGAAUGGGAGGCCAAGUUGAAGUCUCUGCGCAUGGGUAUCAAGGAUCUGCAACGAGAGUAUGAUGUCUCCGAAGAGAACAUCAAGGCACUUCAAAGUGUUGGUCAGAUCAUCGGGGAGGUGUUGAAACAGCUAGACGAGGAGCGAUUCAUCGUCAAGGCAUCAUCGGGACCGCGAUACGUUGUCGGCUGCCGUUCGAAGGUCGACAAGGCCAAGAUGAAGCAGGGCACACGCGUGGCACUGGAUAUGACAACACUUACAAUCAUGCGCAUGCUGCCUCGCGAGGUGGAUCCCUUGGUUUACAACAUGUCUUUGGAGGAUCCGGGCCAGAUCAAUUUUGCUGGUAUCGGUGGUUUGAAUGAGCAGAUUAGAGAGCUGCGUGAGGUCAUCGAGCUACCAUUGAAGAACCCAGAGCUCUUCAUGCGUGUGGGAAUCAAGCCGCCAAAGGGUGUCCUGCUCUACGGUCCUCCGGGUACGGGUAAGACGCUGCUGGCACGAGCAGUGGCUAGCUCGUUGGAGACCAACUUCUUGAAGGUGGUUUCCUCCGCCAUUGUCGACAAAUACAUUGGUGAAUCCGCCCGACUAAUCCGAGAGAUGUUCGGCUACGCCAAGGAGCACGAGCCCUGUAUCAUCUUCAUGGACGAAAUCGAUGCUAUCGGUGGUCGACGCUUCUCAGAGGGUACAUCCGCCGAUCGCGAAAUUCAGCGAACACUGAUGGAGUUGCUGAAUCAGCUGGAUGGAUUCGACUAUCUGGGCAAGACCAAGAUCAUCAUGGCAACCAACCGACCCGACACUCUGGAUCCCGCCUUGCUGCGUGCUGGUCGUCUAGACCGCAAGAUUGAGAUUGCUCUGCCCAACGAGGUUGGCCGUCUGGAGAUUCUGAAGAUUCACACGAGCACGGUGCAAAUUGACGGAGACAUUGACUUUGAGAGUGUGGUCAAGAUGAGUGACGGUCUCAACGGCGCUGAUCUGCGCAACGUUGUUACUGAAGCUGGCCUGUUCGCCAUCAAGGAUUACCGCGAUGCCGUCAACCAGGACGACUUCAACAAGGCCGUGCGAAAGGUGGCGGAGGCGAAGAAGCUAGAGGGUAAGUUGGAGUACCAGAAGCUGUAA